CGACGGAUUUUGGUCUUCAGGAAAAUGACUGCCUCUCCAUAAGUGAAUGCUGAGUGUUAUAGCCUGUUCGAACUGUCACUAUCACUAUCACAGGUGUUUUUUGGUCUUGAUUACCAUGUCUGGCAGUUUCUAUUUCGUGAUUGUGGGUCAUCAUGAUAAUCCAGUGUUUGAGAUGGAAUUUCUUCCACCAGGAAAAACAGAAUCUAAGGAUGACCAUCGCCACUUGAAUCAGUUUAUAGCUCAUGCUGCCCUUGACCUGGUAGAUGAGAACAUGUGGCUUUCUAACAACAUGUACCUCAAGACUGUGGACAAAUUCAAUGAAUGGUUUGUCUCUGCAUUUGUAACUGCUGGUCAUAUGAGAUUUAUCAUGCUCCAUGAUGUGCGCCAAGAAGAUGGUAUUAAAAAUUUCUUUAAUGAGGCAUAUGAUUUAUACAUCAAGUUUGCCAUGAAUCCAUUCUAUGAAACCAACUCUCCAAUUAGGUCUACGGCCUUUGAUCGGAAGAUACAAUUUCUUGGCAAAAAGCAUCUGCUCAGCUGAAUAAAGAGCCGCGCUGUGGAGCAUCCAUCUGAAAUCAUUUAUUCUGAUGCUUUGUGCUAUAGUGAUGUUGUACAUAAACCUAUAUGUAUAUAAACAGCUUGAUUGCAAUUUUUCAGCACAUAUUGCUGAUGUAAAUAUCAGAAUAGUGACAGUGUAGAUCAAGUACUUACUGCUCUUUAACAUAAACCUCUACAUAGUUUAAAAAAAUC